UGAAAAUGGUUUCCCCCUACUUCCUAAACUCUUCUUGCGCGCUAAGGGCAGAGAAAAUUUCAAUCUGCCCGCUUAAUCCCCAAAAGUUUCAUACGCUAAGGGAAGAGAAAGAAGCCCACUCGAAUGGCCCUGUAGUCACCCAAAGAAAAAAAUCAAAGUAGAAGCAACACUCGAAGCCCUCUUCUCAGCGCGCAAGAAAUUUUCUUCUCUGCGCGCUUAAUCCCCAAAAUUUCUUCCGCUGAGGGUAGAGAAACAAGCCCCACUCGAAUGGCCCUUGUUACCCAAAGGAAAAAAUCCAACUAGAAGCAACAGUCGAAGCCCUCUUUUUCGCUCGAAGCCCUCUUUUUUCACUCAAAGCCCUAAGGAAGAAUUCUUCCCUCAUUGCGCAACAGCCCCGAAUUUGAACUUUAAGGUUUAGAUUUUUGGAAGAAUUCCUUUCUCUGUACAAGAAGCAUAGGUUUCUUCUGGUGAAAUCGGCCCGAUACAGAUUUGUACUUCAUUUGCUACAAUCCUCAAUCAAAGCCAGGAAGUAAUGAAAUUCAAAUUCAUUAGUAUGUCAGUGCAUAGCAAAAGGCGUCUUCAUAUGUAUAGGUGCCUGAUCUCUUGUCUUCUGGAAAAAAGAUUGUGUUAAUACAAAAGAAUGCUCUGACGACCUCUUCUUGACGAGGGGACACAUCCAUCUCGGGCUUACUUUCUACAUACAGCCGCAUUACUUGUGUUUGCUGCUGUCUGUUCAGCAUUAUUUCCCAGGCUUUCUCAUUUCCUUUUUCUUCCCGGCUCAUGAUUUAUGUUAAUCCUUUGUUAUUGGCAUCUCAAGUUGGUGCUAAUACAAGUAAUUUAACUGUUGUCGUGCUUAUGCUUUUGUAUUUUAUUGCAGGAAGUGAUAAGAAUGUCUAGUAAUAGGAAGCAGAAGUUAUGCAAGAAGGCAUUCGCAAUUGAAGAAACAUACAUCCAACUUGGAAGAUUGAAAAAGAUUCUUGAGGAAAGAAAAAAUGUUGGUGUUGAUGUAGGCACUGUUGAUGUAGGCACACAUUCAAAAGCCAACCAAUUAAGAGUGGACUCACCAGCAAGGAAUACUAGAAGUGUUGUUCGAAGACUGCUUAUAAGAGAAGAUUCUCCAGAAUUUGAACAGCGUGGCUCAAAUGUGGGUGAAAACAAUCUCUGCAAGUUAGUGGAUAGGAAUGAAGCUUUACAGUCACCAAUAGCCUCACCCACUGCACCUAUUCGGAGGUUUCUUCGACUGCAAGGAGUUAAAGCUUUUUUUGAAAAUAACAAUCCAACUCAGAGCCAUACAAGUGAACCAGUACCUGAGGAGACACCUAUUCGGAGGUCUCUUAGACUGCAAGGAGUUGAAGCUUCUCCUGAAAUUAACAAUCCAACUCAGAGGAAUACAAGUGCAGGUGCACUAGAACCUGAGGAGACACCCAUUUGGAUUUCUCUUAGGGUGCAAGGAGUUGAAGAGUAUCCUAAAAAUAAUAAUCCAACUCAGAGGAAUACAAGUGAAGGUGUACAGAAACAUCAGGAGACACCUAUUAGGAGGUCUCGUAGAUUGCAAGAAGUUGAAGCUUCUCCUGAAGUUAACAACCAAAGUCAGAGGAUGACAAGUGAAGGUGCACAAGAACGGGAUGAGAUAACAACAGACUCUAUAGGAAAGUCGAAAAACCCAAAUGGUAGAAGCAUCAAAUAUUCAAGAACAUGGGUGCAAUUUAGAGUCUCAAAAUAAGUUAAGAAAGAAAAAAAUGAAGAAGAAAAACUAAAAUUGAAGCCUGAUUACAUCAAAUCAGUUACAAAGUAAAAAGCUUUUGUAAGAGAGAAAACAAGUGCAGCUUUUCAGG